GUGCAUGUGCAUGUGCGUGUGUGUGUGUGUGUCUUCCCCUCCAUGUUUUCAGCUGCCACCACAGGACAUUCCUCAUCAACACGUUGUCCUCCUCCACCUCAGAGGGACCUGGAGCUGCUGCAGACCUGUGGACAGGAGCCGCCACACUGGACCUCCAACCCUUCCUCUUUCUCUAAAGCCCCACAUUAAAGUGUCUGCUGACUAAACACGAUUUAAAGCCGCUCAGACAAGCUCCGGCAGAAUCUUUAUCACUAAAAGCGCCUGAGAAACACAUUUUCUUUCUUCUCAGCCGGGACAGGCCCCUGGUGCCAUCAGUCAUGUGAGACAAGCUUUAUUGAACAGGGCCUCCCAGGUGUGUGGAUCGCUGCAGGGCACCAUGAACAGACACCUGGAGAGCAGGGAGCAGUUAAAGAGAUUGUCUCUUGACAGCGGCCUGACGGAAUACAUGGACGCCAACAAAUGCAUCGACGAGCUCCUGAAGCAGCUUGAGGACGAGCGGAGGAACGUGCGAAGAGAGAAGCUGGCCGUGGCUCGCCUGCAGAGGGAAGUCGCACGGAGCAAGAGCGAAGGAACAAUGCGAGAAAAGCUGAUCCACGAGCUAGAGGAAGAGCGACGCCUGCGACUGGAGAGCGAGAAGCGUCUCCGGGAAGUGACGGAGGAGUCCGAGCUGGGACGGGCGCAGAUGGUUUCACUGCAGCAACAAUUCUCCAGGAUGGAAGAGACGGUGCGGACGCUGCUGCAGAAUCAGGGCGUCCUGGAGCAGACUGCUGUGGACACAGUGGACAUCAUGAAGGCCUAUAAGGAUAAACUCUCGGAGGAAGUGCAGAAGCAGCACGACGGCCCCGGAGAGAACGGAUCCCCGCCGGCGCCUCAAGCCGAGCCGGACCUCAGGCUGCUGCCGGAUGCCGAUCCUGAAGCCAGCCAAGCAGAAGAGGACAAAGACAAAACCAAGCUCCUUCUGGAGCGUCUCAAGGCCCUGGAGGAGCAGAACUCGACGCUGGCCUCGGAGAACGAAAGCCAGAGGGAGCAGUACGAGCGCUGUCUGGAUGAGGUGGCCAAUCAAGUUGUGCAGGCGCUUCUCACCCAGAAGGAUCUGAGGGAGGAGUGUCUGAAGCUUCGGACCCGAGUCUUCGACCUGGAGCAGCAGAAUCGGGCGCUGGGCGUUUUGUUCCAGCAGCGGAUCAAACCCGCCUCAGACAUGCUCCUCCAGAAACUCCACUCCCGCAUCAUGGAUCUGUCUGCGGCGGAUUUACUUCUGGAGCCGGAGCGGAGCAAGGCCUUCUUGCUCUCCAGGAACACGGACUCUCCCUCUAACGAGGUCCAGUCGAACGGGAAGUCCGGUCUGCCUGGGACCAAGUGUCUGAGCCAGCUGAGUCUCACGGUGGCGGCGCCUGUUUACCAGCGCAGCAGCUGCAGCAGCAGCGAGCUGUCGCUGUCGAGCGCCUGCAGCGAGUUCUCCAGCGGCUCGUACACCUGGAAUGACGGGCGCUCCUGUGGAAAAAUGUCGUCCCUGACCUGGGAGAAGAGGCUGAGUUUGGGUUCAUCGGCUCCCAGUAACAUCUGCGCCGCACCGGAGGAGCAGGCGCCCACACGCCGCAAGGAGAGCAACAUCCUGGAGGGACUCAGGAAGCUCCAGAGGAGGAAACACAGGAGCUCCUCGUGCUCAUCCAGGGUCUCAAGGUCCGGUGAAAAAGACUGCAUGAACUCCAAUGAGGGCAUCUACUCCCUGGGGGUCAAGAGCACUGGCAAAGGGGUUUCCAAGCCCACGCAGGAGGGGAGGCCCUCUGCUGCGGGGGCCAAGAAGUUCACGUAUGAUUCUGAUGAUGCAGACGAUGAACUGGCACAUUCCGGCCGUGGAGAUAACAUCCCCACCAAGGACGGGUGGUUUUACUGUAAGCGACGCUCCCGCAGCAUCUCAGAGAGCUUAUGCAGCUGGGAGGGGCUCCAGGACAGUGGAGGGGGGGGGGACUCGGGUCCCGUGGCUACGAAGCAGCCCCCAGGUUAUGACUCCAAAGAGCAUCCUGAGAAACUCAUGAGCUUCAUCAACAGUUUCCUCCCUGAGGGAGGGCGGACGUCAGCUUUUUCUAGACCAACCAAGCUGCACUACAAGCCCCCGGAUCCCGAGGGUCCACGCCACCUCUCUGACGUGGACGACCCAGAGGAGCUCACCUCUGAGUCCAGUGACGUCCACAUGUCCUUCAGCCGGCCACCAGCGCAGGCAGAGAGGGACUCCAAGAGGCUGUCGAGGGACGCUGCCAAGCUGCUGGUCCAGCAGUGUUUGAGACGAGAGCAGGGACGCACCCAGUCUGCGGACGGGAGGCCGCGACCCUUCAGCCUGAUCAAGGAGCCCAAGGUGACCACACACACUCAGUCUGAAGAAAGUAUCCUGGCCAUAUUCGACGCAGAAGGAGAGCCCAUUGAACUCUGUUCUCAGAGACUCACAGCAGGUGCUGGGUCUCGACAGGACGUGCAAGGUGGCAAAGCGGUUGCUGAUUACACGGAGCUGGUGCCACAAGAGAGACCAACGCGGCAGACGGCAGCAAACACAAGGAACUACAGCGUUCUGGAGUCUCCAGAAAAACCCUCCGAGUAUCAGCUCAGGACGAGGAGGACGAGCAGAGAGGGCAGCGCAGAGAGGUUAUCCAUGCAGCUGACUCCACAGCAGAAGCUUAUCAAACCCACGAGCAGCCGAGCUAGCAAAGGCCUCUCGAUCCCCCCCAUGACUGACACUUCCAGUCCGAAGUGCGGCGGCUCGAAGAUCCCAGGUCGUAACAAACCCUCUGCGUCCCCGCUGAGACUGUCCAAGGGCUGCACCGCCGAACAGAGUAACUCAGGGCCCUCUGGUCAGGAGAAGCCCACCUCCUCUUCCACACUCAAAAUCUCCAGGUUCAUCAAGACGUCAGGAAACUCUUCACAGAGCCCGAAGGCGCUGAACUCCAAACUUCCCAACAGGGCCGAGUGGAGUAAGGCCGCCUCCUCCUCCGCAGGUUCCCCGCUCCUGUCGAGGAGGCACCUGGACUACGCUGACAACGUCGAGCAGCCGACCAGAGACAAACACUGUGAAACCAUCAAAAACAAACUCAGGUCCCCUUCUCCUCCCCCUCCCCCGGGCCGCACCACCUCCUUACUCAUCAGACCAAACUACGAAGGGUCGCCUCAAGCACAUAAACCGGGCGCAGCUCAACAAUCCACACCCACCUCUGUGAGGGGCCCUCCCCCAAGUUACCACACUUCUCUCUUACCAAAUAUGCAAAGUACUCUGCCCAUCAAGGAUAAAGACUGUUUAGACCUGGAUGCCGGCUACGGGACUGCACUUUCACCUCAGAAACUGGUCGACAAAACCAGUCAGCACCUUCAGAAGUCCCCCGCCACGACUCAGACAUCGACGAAAGGCACUUCCAAGCGAAUGACCACGAAAGACUACCUCCCUCCUGCGAACUCAGGGUGUGCUCCGGAGCCCGAAACGGCACCUAAAGGCUCAAAGAAUGUCCCUCCUCCCUACAGCGCCCUCAGAGGCUCCGCGCUCCAGAACUCGUUUGCGAGUAAACGAGCAUCAACCCAUGAAAAUGUGCAUCACUCGGUGCAGAAGGCGUCUAUUAGUUUACCUAUAGCGUUUCAGGAAACCCCUCAAAGUAAGACGGAGCUGCCGGCUGUCGUCAGCCCACCCAGCGCAGUCAUGAUGUCGCCCAACUCAGCGGAAAAAGCCUCAAAGACUCGAAUCCCGAUGGGGUUUAAAGCGUUUUUAAAAUCUCCCCCCAGCCAUAAAAAUAGUCUGUCUGUAGCAGGAAAGCAAGAGAAAGAUCAUAUCAACUCAGUCUCCAAGGAAACAGUGACUUCCAAUGCCUCGACGCAGUGUGACAGCGUGCAGCCGGCGUACGCUAUUGAUUCCCCCUCCAAGAUGCCCAUGACAGAGGGGAAAGGGGACGUCCAGAGAAGGUUACAGGAGGAGGCAGCUGCUGAGGAGGGGGAUGUUUGCGACAAGGGGAAAAGGAGCAGUCAACUUUUCUCCAGAUCCAUAUCUGUCACCACCAAACCUCAUCUAAAGCCGGCCCUGGGGAUGAACGGAGCCAAAGCCCGCAGCCAGAGUUUCAGCACCAACUACAUCGAGAAGCCCACCAUCAACGCCCUCGAUGUGCCAGGAAAGAUCCGAACGCAGAUCAUCACCAACUCAGGGGAACGCGGGAACUCCCUCUCCAGGCAGAGCUCCCUGGAGGUGCCCAGUGUCGGGUCAGCGGAGAGCCCGGUCCACUCUCCCAGGAGCCGGCUGAGCCACUACGGCGGCAUGACGGGGUCAAACAGUCAGAACGUUCUUCCUGAGAGAAACUCAAAGUCAGGCCCUAAAGGUGAAGGGUCGCCGGGCGCAGGGAAAGGCGAGGCCAUCACCUCACCUUCUCAGAAGGAGGCGCGUAGCCUACCCAUCAGCGACAGGACCGGUUUCAACAACAUCCGCAAGCCGGCAAAAGUGGCCUCUCAUCCACAGUUUCAGCCUCCGUCCUCUUGUGUGUACAGCUCAGAAAACCCUGUGCGGGAGACGGUCGGCAUAGCAACCACCGCUAAUGAGCAAGACUUCAGCAGGGAAGUCAAACCUCAGACAGACUCGCCAAACAAACCCACAGAUGUGGAGGAGAAAAAAGGCAGCCCCACGACCUGCACUAUCGAGGAGAAAGUCAUGAUGGGAAUCGAGGAGAACCUGCAGAAAUGUCAAGAGCAGGGGAAGGUCGGCGCCAGCGAGGCCAAACAGAAGACCGGGCCCUCGCUGGCAAACUGGUUCGGCCUCCGCAAGAGCAAACUCCCGGCGCUGGGCGGCAAGAAGGCGGACGCCCCCAAGGGGAAGGAGGAGAAGAAAGAGCUGAAGAUCGGAUCGGUGCUCGGAGGGAAACAGAUGAAGUCUGACAAGAAGAAGGACAAGAAGAAGAACGAGGAGGCGCAGACUCUGUCCGAGAUGAACAAUAAGCUCAGCUCCAUCAUGGACCACUGCAACAAUCAGAUGGGUCAGAUCGCCAGUCAGAUCCAGUGCUCGACGGCGUUCAUCGGCAAAGACCAGUUCGUGAAGGAGCUUCUCGGCAGGACGGCUGUGAAGGGCAACUCGGUGUCUGCGCCGCCGCCGCCGGGAGGGUCCACGCCCAAGAAGCACGGCGACAUGGAGAUCUGUCCAGAUACGGCUACCCUGCUCAUGACUCAGAGGAUCAACCUGCGAGCGGAGAACGACGACGCACACAUCCAGGACACAGCUUGUCAGGAUCACAUGAUCGGCUCCGGCUGUCAGAUGAGAACCCUGGACAGCGGCAUCGGCACCUUCCCCCUCCCCGAUUCCGUCACCCGGGCCAGCGGCCGCCACAUCCCCAAAUCUGAAUCCAGCCCCGAGGGGGUGACCGCCGGCUCGUCCAAGCUCGACCUGGAGCCUCCCUCUUCUCACCCAGACCCCUCUCACCCCGACGUGAAAGUGCCUUCCCUCCCAAAAACCCGCCUGCAUGCCCCCACUAGCAUGGGUCACUCCCUGUCCGACCCCACUGUGACCUGCAGCAGCGACGCCCCCCCGGACGCCCAGAGCCGACUGCCCAAACUCGCAGCCUCAGACGCCGUCAGGACGAAGAGGUCGAGUCUUUGUGUUCCACCGAGCAACGACUCCACAGACGACAAAGAGAAAGACACCGAGAGGAAGAUGAAAAACAAGGACUACGAUAUUCCUGGUGAUCGAGUUCUGCGAGUGUGCACGUACUCCGGCGGCAGCAGCAGCGACACCGAGACCGAGCUGGAGGAGAGCGGCAGCGCUCUGGGCUCGCCACAGCGGACCCUCGUCCACAGAACCAAGAGGAGCGACUCAGUGGAGCCGAACGAGGAGACGCUGACGAGGAGCGGCGUGGAGAAGCCGCUGUCCAUCAUGGACUUCUACCCACACGACGUGUUCUCCCACCUGGAGCUGGACGGCAGGAGGAUGUCUCAGUACAACCUGCUGCACAAAGAGUCGUCGCUGGAUGGGAAAGCAGGAGACCGACUCAGUAAGGAGAUCCCCCUGGAGAAAACGCCGGCCGGUGCCAACCAGCCCAGCUCCCUGGACUUCUCCUUGGAGUCCCUGAACAAGCUGAACCACAGCAGCUCCGGCGGCGGCGGCGGCGUUGGCCUCUAUCCCGACACCAGCGGCCACAGAGGCGUCUGCCAGGCAGAUGCAGGGAGGAGCACGGAGGACUGCAGCAGAGUGGACGAGCCCUCGUCCUCCAGCUUCUCCAGCAAGGCCCCCGGCUCCCUGAGCGACUCGCUGUACGACAGCUUCUCCUCCUGCACCAGUCAGGGAUCCAAUGACGUGUAGGGCCUCAGGUCUGGUUUCACAGACUCCCAGUUCUCCUCCUCUUCCUCCUGAGAUUCCAUGAAGUGAUGGGUUGGAGGCCGGCGGGCGGACCGAGGCGUCGUUCUCCAGCUGCGACCUCUGGACACACAACACGAAGCACUUAGCGGACACGAGGACACGAGGACGAACCAGGACUGUAGCUCGUCCGGGUGCCGUGGACUGGACAGCGAUACACAACGUUCCCCUUGUUCCCCGACGCCGGGGAACCUCUUAUCAUUGCACUGUAACAGGAACUGGACAAAGUGUGUGAGGAGAGCAAAGUGAGUUACUAGCAAGCAGUGAUGAAGCAACACUGACGGAUCAACCGAAACCCGGGGCUCAUUUGAUGUUUUGCUGCUAAGUUCAUCGCCCGCAACUCCGAAUAAAAAAAAAACCUGGUUCUUCUUCUUUUUAAAAAGCAAUAUUUUCUACAAAUCAACUUCUGCUCAUCUUAUGAACCCGUUGCCAAUCUCGUCUCUCGUGUGUGAGCGACAGGAAGCCAGUGAAUAAAGCUCCUCGAGCGUCGUCUCACAUCAACACGACUCAGUUUCCACAGCUCUGCUCUCGCCACGACGACGCAGCGCGUUGCGUUUCCACGCGGUACUUUAACGCUGUCUUUGAAUGAAACACAGGUACAACACACGACUUUGGCUCGAGUGUCGUAGUUCGUAGCUCAGGGAACAAACUGGACUCGUGUAGAUUGUAAAAAAUUCAGCCGUCAGGAAAACACCAACACAACUCAAGUCGUCUUUUCCUUUUGGGAUUUUUAUAUUUGAGAUGAAAGUUUCCACUCAGUCUGUCGUAGAGAACCUGAACUCUCCAAACCUCAGUUCAUAGCUGUAUAUUAUGUUGUACAUACAAAUGACUAUAAGUUAAUAUCAGAAUGGGGCAUUGCUGAUGGAUAUAUGCAAAUGAGACAAUAAAAAAGAAAAAGAUGUAAAUCGUUUGCCGAUCUCUCGACCGAGCUUUUAUUUGAACUCUGCUGUUUGUUAAGGAAUUCUUUUUAAAACGUCACGAUAAUAAUAAAAGUCUUUAUUUUGACCAAUAAGAGCUAAUACUCAAAUAUUUUAUCACUUUAUUUUAAGGACAUAUUUUGAACCUUAGGCUGACGCUUCGCCAAAUUUCUACCUGGACUUUGAGCAGCUGGUGCUAAUCAUGGGAGCGACUGUGUGUUUUCUAUGAAACUGUUAAUAUUGUAUGAAGAGAGUCUGCACAGGACUUGUGUAUUUUUCUAGAUGUCCAGUAUUUAUACCCACAUUUUGUACUGUGUGUCGGGACUGUAGUGUGACUGUCACCUGUCUCCUCCAUGUCCCUGCUUCCUGUGUCAAGAGAAAUGGCUGCCAGCAGUGUUACUUUAUGAUUAUUAAUAUUAUUAUUAUUAUUAUUAUUAUUAUUACUGUGUGCAAUUCUGUCUGUUACACUAGACUUUAAUGCUAUAUUUUAUGUAACUAUUUCCUAAAUAAAUAUGAGAAACUAUUUCCUAUUGCAA